GAUAAUAAACAUUAAAAAUAAUUUCGAUAUUCUUUUCACAAAUGCUAAAAAUUUCUUCACCAUUAACAGAAAUUUUAGCGAUAAAAUUAAAGGACGUAAAGAAAAAAUACCUAAAAUGACGUUCGGUAAUUUAGCAAAUCCAAUAGAAGCCGUGAGUUUGAUUCCAAUUUACACUUAUUUCAAUUUACUCAGCGAUUUUCUAUUCAGCGAAAAUUAUUUAUCAACCGAUGAUCGACAAAGAGAAAUUCCGGUCGUUAAUGGACUUUACAAGUAUUUCAAAGAACGUCCAAAUAAUACUGAAGAUCUAAUUCGAAGUUUAUUGCAAGGUAGCGAUUUGUAUGGAGAAAAAAGUGAUGAAACCUUAGAUGAAAUUUUUGUGAACACCAUGUUCGACCACAUAAUAAGUUCCCUUGUCUUCAGCAAAUUUGGAAAUAUUUACGGUUUUUUGGCAGAAGUUGUUCGAAAAACGGACAAUUUACUAAUGGACAAUAUUUUCCAGAAAAUAAAGAAUAAUCUCAAACAAUCAACUUUUGAAAAUGAAAACGGUAACAGUUCGUCACUAACUCCUUUAUCUGUCGAUCGAAUAUUUACCGAUUUAAUUUCACCCUUAUUUCCAAAAUCAAAGAAUACUAAUCACAGAUUGCUGUCACUUGACUAUAUUUACGCACAAGCGGGUUCAAUUUUACUCAAAUCAGGCAAAUUGAAUGCUAUCUAUUAUUCAAAUUUUUUUACCGUAAAGCUUGACAUUGAUAAUGAAACCCUAUUUGAUGAAUAUUUACUAAUUGGCCAUUUACUUGAAGAAUUAAUCAUCGACAGGGAAAUUGAAAAUUUUAACGUGACCGCUUUUGCUCUACCAGCGCUUCUCCUCUACGUUUACAAAGAAAAAGUGAGUCUAGAACGAGAAAAAAUGGUAAAUAUCAUCACAAAUUCACAACAUUGGCUAAAAGCCCACAAUUACCUUUUUUCAUUUCUAGAUUCGACAUACAAUAAAAUCACUUCUCUUCUAAAAGCUGACGCUCUGUUCAAUCUUCACUACGAAUUAACGCAGUACAAAACAUUUAUCACUCUCGCUCGACAUUUUAUUGACGAAGAUCCCUUUUGUAAUUCAAGAACCAAAGAAGAAAAAUUGUUCCUCCUUUCCGGUUAUCUAAAAACUCCAGACAGCUUUGAAUGCAAAGAUGGACACGUCUUACCAAGUCUGCAAAAAUACUUUAUAGAAAAUAUUAAUAAUAUACUCGAGGCGUAUAAAAAUUUUCAAAAGAAAUUAAUCACAGUAACAUUAAAGGAUUACUUUCAAUCAUGGGACUCGAAAACUGAAGUGCUUAUAAUAUUAGUAGACUAUAAUUCAACAUCUAGUGUUUUGAAAAAUGUAAUGAAAGGCUCAUAUGAUUUAUUUGGUCUUUAUUGCCCUAUGAAUGGUAGUCUAAAUUUUUACGCCUUAUUAAAAACUGACUACAAUGUAAAAGUAAUUGCAACUAACGAUCAACCUGAAGUUUUUCAUCAAAUACUAGGUACUUCGAUCACAAAUUUCAAUCAUAAAAUAAGUAUUUUUGAUCAAAUUGGUCCUAUUGCUGACAAAAUGGUAGAAAAUUUAUGUCAUAGACUAAAUUCAUCUUUACUAUCAACGAUUCACGAAGCAUUAACAAAUGACUGGUGGAGGGAAUUUGGUUUGUCCUUGGUGCCACUUUAUCCAUGUCUCUCAGGCAAAAUUCAAAAUGGUUUGUACGAUCAGAAAGAUCCUUGUAAAAUUGAGACAUUCACCAUGUUUCCUAUUCAAGCAGAAAAAGAUAACAUUUCAAAAUAUUUAAUCCAAAAAGAUACGGAAACUUCCUUAACCGCGAUGGGCACGAGUAUAAAAACAUUAAGUCAAAAAAAGUUAAUUCGAACAGUAGUUAAAGAAAAUUCACAUUUGCAAACAUUUCACGAAUACGUAAAGUACGAAAGAUAUUCCAAAGUUCUUCAAAACCAACUGAUUUUAAAUUCAGAAAAAGUUUUAAUUUUAUCCAAGUUUUGGAAUGAUUCGGAGCCAAAAGUAAAGUACAUAAUCAACAUCCUCGAGGAUAAUGUUCGUCGUUUGAAAAUUCUAACUUCGUUGGACUACAAAUCAAUAUUUGGAAUGUUGAAAAAUAUCGAAAAAUUCUUUGUCGAAUAUCAAAUAAUUUCUUUUGGCAAACCUAAUGAUUCCAAUCUGGAUCUACACGUAAUGUCGAAUUCUCCAUACGGUCAUUCCGGUUAUGGUUACAAAUUUAUUGUCCUAAACGAAUCAAGAGCCGCAUCUUUGAGAACUAUCGACGAACAUGGAAUGCUGAAAACGAAAUUGUUCCUCUUACACAAAAAUAUUUCACCAGACGAAAAGGAAUUCAAACUGAUUAACGGAACUACCCUAAAAGCGACAAAUAAAACUCUCUAUGAAGUUGACCAGAAAUUUCAAUACAGUUUACGAAGACUUGAAUUCUCCGGAACAGAUGUCGCCGAUUAUAAUUUAAUCGAAUGCAAUCGAAACAAAAAGGAAGACACUCCUAAAUGCUGGAGACUGAAAAAUAGAGAGAAACAAGAAUUAAUUGAAAAUGAAAUUCUAAACAUGUCACUGAUUCAAAUGCCACACAUUCCAAAGGAAGAUUUACCAAAAAUAUUAAAAUAUUACAUUUUUCCAGAAGAAAAUUUUAACGUGAAUGAAUUUUUUCUACUUUGGAAGGACGCAGAGAGUUACUCGAUUCCCCAAUUUGCGAAAAAGUAUAUAAUAGACCAUAGAGACGAUUUUUUGAAAUUGAAAUACAGUGAGUACUUGGACGAAGAAAAUUUAAAAAUUAAUCAUCUGGCAACGAGGAUAAACAGAAUUUACACAAACGAAGAGAGAAAUUUAAUUGAAAUGAGAACGACAUUCAAAAGUAUUGUCGAGGAAUACGAAUACAAUAAUGAACGAUUUUCAGCGACUUUUGAAGAUUAUUACGCACUGCGAAAUUUUGGGAUAACUGGUCACAGGAGAAUAAAUCGCGACACGAACGAAGCGAAACGGAUGAAAAUUGCUCUCUAUAAUUUGGCAAUCAGACAAUCUGACGAUCCUAUUGAAAAUUUUGAUCUCACCCUAACAAGUCUUGAACUCAUGCGUACGAAAUCUAUAGAGAAACUAUUUGUCAAUCAAUCUGAAUAUAUUUUGCAAAAAUUUACCACUACAGACAAGAAGGUUGUAAAUAAACCUGUCAACCAUAGGAAAGACGUUGAAUACGUUUUGCUAAAUAUGGAAUUUUCGAAAACUUAUCUACGAGCAAAAAUACAACAGAAACUCUGCUUUGUACAUCCUAAGACGAUUCUGUUACCGGGAAGCAAAUUUUCUAUAGAAGGAAGAGAAUUUGUUACUAUUAGAGACGUGGGUUAUGUUUGGAAAAUUGAUUUGAAAUAUUUCCAUGUGCCUGAUGAUAAAUAUUUGUGGUACCAAAAGAUUAUGAAAACUAUAUCGCAAAUUAAGAUAUAAAUCAUUUUUAUGUUUUUAAUAGCUAACCAGUGAAUUAUAUUUCUAAAACUGUUCAAAACUUGGUAAUUACGCAAUUGAAUAAAAAUUUAAAUGACA